AUGGCUUUCCCUCCACCCAAGAUCCAAGAUCCUCAAACCGAGCAUACCCAUACUGCUAUUUUACUACACGGGCGGGGAAGUGAUGGACCCGAGUUUGCAGAGGACUUCCUCUCUAGUAUGACCAGUCAACAGAUGUCUUUGACCGAAAGCCUUCCCAAUUGGCGAUGGGUUUUCCCUAGCUCCCGCACUCGAUACAGCACUGUCUUCAAGGAAGAAAUGUGUACCUGGUUUGACGCCUCUUCCUUGAAUGAUAUACAAAAAGAUCAAGAGUUGCAGAUCGAGGGCCUCAGAGAGUCUGUCCAUCACAUCCUCAACAUAUUGGAAGCAGAAAUCAAGUUACUUGAUGGGCGCUCCGACCGAGUGUUUUUGGGAGGUAUUAGCCAAGGCAUGGCAAUAAGCUUGUGGGUGUUGUUGUGUGCACCUAGUCGAAUCACCGCACCACUUGGUGGACUUUUGGGAUUCUGUGGAUGGCUACCGUUUGCCCAUCAAGUCGAGUGCUUGGUGCGUCACCCCGGUAUCGACAGUAUCCAUCGCAAACGUCUAGUUUCCGAAUUCUUCCUCAACACGAUUGCUGACUCCUCGAGCCGACCGGAGCGAGAUGCCUACGACCUGUCUGUGCUGAACACACCGGCUUUUCUUAGCCAUGGGUUAGACGAUCCACAUGUCUCUAUCUCUUUAGGUCGACAGGCAGCACGAGUUCUGCAAGAAAUUGAUAUCCGAGUUGAAGUGCAGGAGUUCACGGGCGCAGAUGCAGACGGGCACUGGAUCAAAGAACCUGAAGGAUUCGAUCAAAUUCUGCGAUUCAUUGAACGACACCGUGAACGGUGA